CUUCACGAAGGGCAGGACUACGCUGAGUGAUGACGUCUCAUUGGGGCGGAAGGUUCGGUGGCAGUCGUCGCUAUUCCAGCUGGUGGGAGUUGGCUUCACGGUGCUGGGCUCUGAGCCCCUAGUUUGUGUAGCUGGGAAGUUGGGCCACGGGGGUCGUCCCUGUCCUUCUGCUUCCAGUGUUCCUGGGUUUCCUUCUGCGGCGUGGGGGGCCUCGCCAAGGACUCGCCGGCCCUGUGGGGCCACGGCUUGAGUGGUGCCUUUUGCGAGUUCUCAUAAGUAUAUCUUAAGAACUUCAAGAUGGUUCUAGCAGAUCUUGGAAGAAAAAUAACAUCAGCAUUACGCUCAUUGAGCAAUGCCACCAUUAUCAAUGAAGAGGUAUUAAAUGCUAUGCUAAAAGAAGUAUGUACAGCAUUAUUGGAAGCAGAUGUUAAUAUUAAACUAGUGAAGCAACUAAGAGAAAAUGUUAAGUCUGCGAUUGAUCUUGAAGAGAUGGCAUCUGGUCUGAACAAAAGAAAAAUGAUUCAGCAUGCUGUAUUCAAAGAACUUGUAAAGCUUGUAGACCCUGGAGUUAAAGCAUGGACACCAACUAAAGGAAAGCAGAAUGUGAUCAUGUUUGUGGGAUUGCAAGGGAGUGGAAAAACGACAACAUGUUCAAAGUUAGCAUAUUAUUACCAGAGAAAAGGUUGGAAGACCUGUUUGAUAUGUGCAGAUACAUUCAGAGCAGGAGCUUUUGACCAGCUAAAGCAGAAUGCCACCAAAGCAAGAAUUCCAUUCUAUGGAAGCUAUACAGAAAUGGAUCCUGUCAUCAUUGCUUCUGAAGGAGUGGAGAAAUUCAAAAACGAAAAUUUUGAAAUUAUUAUUGUUGAUACAAGUGGUCGUCACAAACAAGAAGACUCUCUGUUUGAGGAAAUGCUUCAAGUUUCUAAUGCUAUACAACCUGAUAACAUUGUCUAUGUGAUGGAUGCAUCCAUUGGACAGGCGUGUGAGGCCCAGGCAAAGGCCUUUAAAGAUAAAGUAGAUGUGGCUUCAGUAAUAGUGACAAAACUUGACGGUCAUGCAAAAGGAGGUGGUGCUCUCAGUGCAGUUGCUGCCACAAAAAGUCCAAUUAUUUUCAUUGGUACAGGGGAACAUAUAGAUGACUUUGAACCUUUCAAAACACAACCUUUCAUCAGCAAACUUCUUGGUAUGGGUGACAUUGAAGGACUGAUCGAUAAAGUCAAUGAGUUGAAACUGGAUGAUAAUGAGGCACUUAUAGAGAAGCUGAAGCAUGGUCAGUUUACACUGCGAGACAUGUAUGAACAGUUUCAGAAUAUCAUGAAAAUGGGCCCAUUCAGUCAGAUCUUGGGGAUGAUUCCAGGUUUUGGAACAGAUUUUAUGAGCAAAGGAAAUGAGCAGGAGUCAAUGGCAAGGCUAAAGAAACUGAUGACCAUCAUGGAUAGUAUGAAUGAUCAAGAACUGGACAGUACAGAUGGUGCCAAGGUUUUUAGUAAGCAACCAGGCAGAAUCCAAAGAGUUGCCCGAGGGUCAGGUGUGUCAACAAGAGAUGUCCAAGAACUUCUGACACAGUACACCAAGUUUGCACAGAUGGUAAAAAAGAUGGGAGGCAUCAAAGGACUUUUCAAAGGUGGUGAUAUGUCUAAGAAUGUGAGUCAGUCACAGAUGGCAAAAUUGAAUCAACAAAUGGCCAAAAUGAUGGAUCCACGAGUUCUCCAUCACAUGGUGUGUGAUUUUCUUGGAGAGAAGAUUGCGUCUGUUUUGGGCAUCAGCACCCCAAAAUACCAGUAUGCCAUUGAUGAGUAUUACCGGAUGAAGAAGGAGGAGGAGGAGGAAGAGGAAGAAAACAGGAUGUCUGAAGAAGCAGAAAGACAAUACCAACAAAACAAGCUGCAGGCUGAUCCCAUCGUACAGACAGAUCAACCGGAAACCGUGGUGUCCAGUUCGUUUGUGAAUAUUAAUUUCGAAAUGGAGGAAGACUGUGAAGUAAUCAAGGAAAGCAAACAGCGCCCUGUCUCUGUCCCGCCAUAGAAUGAAAUGACUGUAUAGAAAGCACUAAGCCCUAAACUUCUCCAGUCAGGAACUUUUUAUGUUUUGUUUAGUGGGACUUCAAACAACUAUUUAUAUUUUAAAUUAUUAAGGGAAAAUCUUUCUUCAUUCUUAUGCUGUAUCUGUCACAGUCAGGUCUGACUCUGGGAUGUUUUUAUUAUGAGUUAAAUUAGUGACAACCCCCAGCCCCUUGUUGGGGAGCAAACCCAGGGCUUCUUUCACAUACACUAGCCAAGGACUCUCACUAAGCCCAGUGCUUUGAUUUUAAGAUAAUCUUUUAUAACCAUAAGGACUUUUAGCUAGGCCUAGUAACACACAUCUUUAAUCCUAGCGUUGGGGAGGCAGAGACAGGUGGUUUUCUAUGAGCUCAAGGCCAACCUGAUCAACACAGUGAGCUCCAGGACAGCCACACAGUGAGACCUUGUCUCAACGACUGAAGGCUUUCUACAUUUAAGAGGAAAGUUAAAUUACUCAUUAACAUUUUUGGUUUGGGGUCAUUUUUUUUAAAGGUAAGUAUUGAUUAAGCAUUACUAGUCUUCAUAGCCUCAGAUUAAAAUACUCCUGGAUUUUCCCCUAAGGAUGGUUCAGAGUGUGUAAUAAGGAACAAGAUGGAAGCACUGUGGAUGCCCUUUUGUUGAGAAUAGUUUAUACAAAAGUACUGACUGUAUUACUCUGGAUAUUAAGUUGGCUUUUCAUUUUCAGUACAAGUCAUUCUUGUACUUUUCAGUAGUUACUGAAAUGUCUUGCUUUGAUCACAAAUUAACACUAGUUACUGAAUGAAUCUGUAGUUGUAGUUAAGUGUUGACAUCGGGUG